CCCAACCCAAGCCCAGAAACGCCGCCCCCCAGCAGCGAGCGAGACUGCGAGAGCGAACUGCCGCCUUCCACCGCCUCGUCGGCGCGCCCCUGCCUCCCGGCUCCGACGCGCUCUCGUCGCAGGGUGUGAAUAUGUCAGCAAGUGCUUUGAAAGAUCUCAAUAUUUCUCAAUCAGCGGACCUAGAGAAAGGAAAAGAUAAUUCUCUGAAAUCGUGCAUAAGCAAGCCUGUGUUGAAUGGCAACAAAUGCACAAACAAGGAAGAAAAUGCUCCGUCUGCUUGCCCUGAUGCUGUGACUAAUGGAAAUGAGGUUGGGAGUGUAGACGUAGAGUACAUUGAUUCUGAGAAUCUACUAGAUCUCCCAGAUGUUGACGCAAGCCUCAGUACUUUGGUUAAAAGGUUGGAUUCUAAGGACUGGGUUAUGACAUGUGAAGCCCUUAACAAUGUUCGUCAGUUGGCAAUAUAUCACAAGGAAAGAUUGCAGGAGCUGCUGGAGCCUCUAGUUCCUCUUAUUGUGAAAUCUGUCAAGAAUCCAAGGAGUGCUGUCUGUAAAACAGCACUAAUGACAUGUGCUGACAUGUUUAAGGCCUAUGGUGACCUAAUGGUUGACUCAAUUGAUCUGCUGCUAAUGCAACUAUUUCUAAAAGCUUCACAAGAUAAACGCUUUGUUUGUGAAGCUGCUGAGGCAGCUCUUAUAUCAAUGACAAGUUGGAUCUCCCCUUCGGUGCUGUUAUUGAGAAUGCAGCCCUACCUCAAGAAUAGGAAUCCACGAAUUCGAGCAAAAGCGUCAGUGUGUUUCAGCAAGAGUGUACCUCGCCUUGAUGCGGAGGGAAUCAAAGAAUACGGAAUGGAUAAGCUCAUACAGAUCGCAGCAACCCAACUUAGCGACCAGCUUCCCGAGUCAAGGGAGGCUGCUCGCAACCUGGCAUUGGAGCUGCAAGUACUCUACGAGAAGUCCCAGGUCUCAACUUCUGGUGAAAAUGACGGCACACUUUCUGCCUCACUGGAUGCAGAAUCAUGGGAGGCCUUCUGCCAAUCAAAGCUUUCCCCAUUAAGUGCCCAGGCAGUCCUUCGUGUCACCUCUUCUCCAAAAGAGGGUGUCACUGCUGGUGCCACCUCUACUCCAAAAGAGGGCGUGUCUGUGGGUUCCUAGCAUAAGGAAUUAGUAGAUGCAGUGAGAUUGCGAUUUUCCAUCCAGUUCACUUUUUUGCUGUACAUGCUUAUGGUUGUUCCUUCGUUACAUCCAGUCCAGAAUUCAUAGAUCAUCGGUCGGAGAGUUCAGGUGUGAACCGUGGUGUUAAUAUUGGUGCGAAGAUAUAUCCGUUAUAGUCGACUGUAUAAUCAUUUUGUUCUGCUACUUGGUAUUGAUUGGUCAGGUCAAUGUAGAAUUUCUUCCACUGUUCAAUACUAUACAGUCCUUUUUCCC